AUGGGGGUGGCGGGUGUGGCGCAUGACGGGUUCCUGCCCAUCGCGCACCCUGCUGUCGCCCGAGCAGCGUCUACACCGCCCCCCCCCGCCCCCCUUUCUCCUCCACCCCCCUGCUGCGGGUGCAGCAGUGGGGGGGGAGGGGAUCUGCAGCACGAGCCCCCUCACCCCCCCCCCUUCUCCUCCAUCCCCCUGCUGCGGGUGCAGCAGUGGAGGGGGAGGGGAUCUGCAGCACCAGCCCCCUCACCCCCCCCCUUCUCCUCCAUCCCCCUGCAGCGGGUGCAGCAGUUGGGGGGAGGGGAUCUGCAGCACCAGCCCCCCCCUUCUCCUCCAUCCCCCUGCUGCGGUUGGAGCAGUGGGGGGGAGGGGAUCUGCAGCACCAGCCCCCCCGCCCCCCCUUCUCCAUCACUCUGCUGCGGGUGCAGCAGUGGGGGGGGAGGGGAUCUGCUGCACCAGCCCCCCCGCCCCCCCCCCUUCUCCUCCAUCCCCCUGCUGCGGCAGUGGGGGGGAGGGUAUGGGGGUGGCGGGUGUGAGUGA